AUGGCGCCCAUCAACAUGAGUAUUCAGGCUCUGAGGGACGCAUUGAUACUCUCAUGGAACCUUACAAAUGCACUGCCCCCCGCACAUCUUAACCAAACCAUCGCACGGCUUCAUCAUGCCCAACACCUCGUCACCCACGGCUUCCAAUCAAUACCUGCAUCCGCCUGCGACUUCCUCCUCCACGGCCUCAAUUGGAUCUGGGCCUGUGUCAAGGCCGGCGGAAAGACCAUCCUAGAUUCCCUCGCCUCAGCCGCGCGCUCGGCAUGGGUAGCAUCUGGUCUCCCUACGUUUCUCUUCAAGUUGGCGAAAUUGGCGAUAUGGCUGCUAAAGUGGACCUCCAUAGUCUGCGUCGCAGUCCUAUGCCUCUCACUUAUGCUGUUCUACCAUCCGCAGGCCGCCAGAUCACGCAACACCACAACGUACGGUACCUUCGCCAGGGGACGUGUCGAGACGCCACGGGGAGCGGUCCUAGGCGUGGUGCUACUCAAAGCGCUAUGGACAACGCUCACGUGGCCAGUUUCAAGCUACAUCGAGCUACGACGACAGGAGGAAGAGAUUCGGGCGGAUGUGGAGCGGCAGAGGCAACGGAACGAGGAGAGGGAGAGAGAGCGAGCGGCGGAGGCAGAACGACAGGCGCAGGAAGAAACAUUUCGGAGGCGGAGGCAAGCUCAGGAGGCAGCAUUGCGCCGUCGGGAAGAGAACAUGGAAAAGCAGCGCGAAGCUGCUUUCGCAGAGGAGUUUUUGCGGUGGUCACAGCUAUCGAACGACAUCAAAGAAGACCCGAGCCUGCGAGACAGCCUCAAGCGCGUGGCACACCCGCCAACCACUCCCGGAUCGCCAACAAAUGCUUGCGUCGAGCCUCUAUGUCAGACGAGUAUGCAAGAACUGGGCAUCAGAUUCUGCAAGCACAGUUUUGGCGAGCUGGUCAAGGUAUACGCCCGGAUUAAGGAGGACUCUGGUGAAGGGGAUGUCACGAAGAUCUUGCGCAAGCAGAGAACGCUGUGGCAUCCGGAUAAGUUUGGGGGUUGCAAGGAGCUUGUCCUGAGGCAGACGGGUGAGCUGGCGAAAAUCAUUGGGGAUUUACUGUCACAGACGGUCACGCAGCAGACGUAG